CUCUCCUUCAGAAGGAUCGCUAUCACUUGCCAACAUGAAAGCAAUUGUUCUGCUGUGUCUGCUGCAUGCAGUUUUUGGUCAGGAGCAAACUCAAUUCUCCUGGCACGGACCGGUCCUCACCACACCCCCUGCAGACCCUAAUCUAAACAUAAUGUGCACUAAUGACCAAGCAGAAUGUGGCUGCUGUCUGAUGCAGAAACAGAUGGCGAGGAUGGAGGAGUUCUUUAACAUGACGGUUAAAGAAAUGAGCCAGCAGCUGAUGCACUCUAAGAUGACCCUCAACUAUAUUAAAAACAACCGCACCGCCUUCUCCGUCGCCCUGAACAACGAGAGAAGUUUGACCUGCUUUGGCCCCUUCAGCGAUGACAGAGGGGUCCCCUUCAAGCACGCCUUCCUCAACCUGGGAAAUAGCUACAACGUGCAGACGGGCAUCUUCACCGUUCCUUACUCAGGUGUCUACAACCUGGCUGCCACUGUAUACAGCCGGUCUCUUUUGGACCUGCCCCAGGCCACCUGCGCCCUGCUGCAGUUGAACGGCGUGGCUGUGGCUCCCCUUGUCGAGAAGAACGGACUGGACAGCGAGGACAGCAACACUGUUGUCGUCGUCACGCACCUGAAGGCAGGCGACCAGGUGUCCGUCAACCUGCAGAAAGGAUGCAACAUCUGCGACGACACCACCCACUACAACACAUUCACCGGCUUCAUGCUGUAUGCUGCUGAGAAAGCAUAACUGCUUCUGGCUUUAAUUCUGCUAGAUUCCAUCUAUUCAGGUUAACAGUGCUACUUAUUGUGUUUGAGACAGUCUGUUUUCUUCUGUUUGCCAUGCACAUGAAUUGUUAGCAUCAUGUUAACUGAAGGGAAAAUAUGAACAAAUAAAUUAGCUGUUGUCUUUUUUAUGUUGAGGUAUCCUGGCUGUAAUUUUUGACCCUGUACUAAUGAAAUGAUCUGAUCUGAGCUACCAGUGAAAUGGUAUAAUUGUUUAAAUAAAAUAAACUAGACUUCUAAACAUA